AUGUCACAGCUAUCGCAAGAACAACAGCUCAAGUCAUACCAGAAGCGUCUUAAGGACGACAUCUCGUCGAUUGUGGAGAACUUCACGCGAAUCCUACUAAUGGUUAAGACGGACGCCGAGACUGUGUUGACCGCAUCCGAGACACAGGCCGUGGCGUAUGAGAUGUGCUGUCGAGCGGCCAAUAUAUGCCGCGCGAGUGAAUCCCUGUUGAAACUCAUUUGGGAUAUCAAACAGUUUCUCAUAAUCAAUGACUUUCCGCUAAUCAACGAAUCCAUAUCCAAGAAAGUGGACACUAAUCUCAUCAACGUU